UGGCAUGUGCGCGUAUUCUGGACAACCUCUUAGCAGAAGUCUAGUUAAAGAACGUGGCUUUUUAAUUAGAGUCUGCCUGCUGCAGCCUCCGCUCUCUAGUUAGCGAGUGUGUGUCGGAAAGGGGGGUCUGAUGUUGAUGCAGUGAAGAGACUCUUGAUAUCUCAUCUGUUUGCCGACUUCUUUGCUCUGUGCGACUCAACGCUGGCGGCAUCGGCGCGCUGGGUGAUUGGACUUCUCACACCGGUGUGACAUAAUUUGAGUGCUUUAUUUGAACAGAAACAAAACAGCGAUGACCGACUCUUCGGCUCAAGACCCCUGUCCAGUCCCGGACCUCACUAUUGUGGAUCCCGCGGCUCGGAACGGACAGUGCGCCCCUCCAGAUCAGCACCCACCCAAAAGAUCGAGUCAGGGAGACCCCUUCAACAUGGACCGGGACCAAGAGAUGAAAAUAAGCGAUAGCGUGGAAGGCCAAGGCCUGCUUGAGAGCAGCAUGCGACUGAAGCCUCACGAAGCACAGAGCUACCGCAAGAAGGCAUUGUGGGUAUCCUGGACCUCCAUCGUGGUGACGCUCAUCUUGGCUGUGGCAGCCUUCACUGUUUCCUUCAUGAGACACAGUGCGUCUGCCUUUGGAUUUGCUUUUGAUGCAACGUUGGAUGUGCUGUCCUCCAUUAUUGUAUUGUGGCGCUAUAGCAACGCGGCUGCUGUGCACUCCGCCCACCGCGAAUACAUUGCCUGUGUGGUCCUGGGGGUGGUGUUCAUCCUGUCCUCCAUGUGCAUUCUGGGAAAGGCCAUCCAUGACCUGGCCACCAAGCUGCUCCCCGAAGUGGAUGACUUCCUCUUCAGUGUGUCCAUCGUGAGUGGGGUCAUGUGUAUUAUCUUAGCCGUGAUCAAGUUCCUGUUGGGCAAGGUGCUCACCAGCAGAGCCCUCGUCACUGACGGAUUCAACUCUCUUGUUGGGGGGGUCAUGGGCUUCUCCAUUCUCAUCAGUGCGGAGGUUUUCCGACAUGACCCCAGUAUCUGGUACCUGGAUGGAACAAUAGGGGUCCUGAUUGGUCUGAUCAUCCUGGCAUAUGGAGUGAAGCUGCUGGUUGACAUGGUGCCCAGGGUGAGACAGACAAGGCACUACGAAAGGUUUGAGUGAGAGCGCUCAGGGCGUGUGGGGCACCCGGAGGAGGGCGCAGUCACAUCCACGCUCGGCUCCAGCCCCAUACCCGGAAAGACCUCCGAGGACAAACAAACAUAGACCUUAAGGUGCCAGUGGUAUUUCACUUUAGAAAAAGACCUCCCAUUGCUACAGCAUCCCCCCUACUUUCUUUAUCUCCGAACUCAAUGUGUCAAUGAAUGCAAGGUGGGGAGGAAGGGGAGGAGUCCCAGCCCGUCACUCUCCUUCUGGGAAAGAAGAGGAGGUCUGAGUCUCGUCCAGCGCAAACAGCCAUGUCAUGUUGAAAGAGUCCAGCAGGGCUGACAACCCUGCUUUCAAAAGACACAAAACCCUCUGUAUGAUGUAGUGUAGGUUAAACAUAACCAUAUCCUUGUGUCAGUAACUUGAAAAUGGCUGAGAUUAUUAUUGCGGUUUUUGAGGAUUAUCCUGUCAUUAUUGCUUGUAAUGUUUUUUUUUUUCAAACAAGUAGCAUCUUUUGAUUAUUGGAAGUGAGCCCUCAGCACAAAAUCUGACUAAAUUCAACAUUCAUAACAAUAUCACUUGUAAACUCGGGGCAGCCCUUCACAAUGAGCAGAGCAGUGUCCCCCCUAUCUCACAUCUGGCCUGGGCUACUCCCUCCCAUUGCUGAAGACAUCGCUGAUGUAUUCCAAGGUGAUGAUGUUAAUGGUGUAGAAUGGAGUGAGUAGAGAAUAGAGGCAGCCACACAGCUGGGGCUUGGGGGCCAAUCUGGCGGUCUUCAUUUCUGCUGAAGUUGGGAGUCAGGGGGAUAUGGCACUACACACUCUCUGAGAGGGCACAACCCCACCACACUCUGGUAAAUGAGAAAGCACAAACUCUUACAGGAAAUAUGCUACCUGGCAGGAAGAGUGGGGCUGGCAAAACAUAUGGCAGAGGAGGCCUGACCUCUCUCUCUCUCCAGCAGAGAGGAGAUGAUGGGUCAGGGACACAGCACAGUGUGAACACUGGAUUCAGACCAAGCACAAACACUUCAUAAUGAGGCAGCCCUGCUCUCAUAACUAAAAAAAUAAAAUGAAAAAUAAAAUAAAUAAAUGGGCAGAUUGAAGUUAUUAAAUGAAACUGAAAUUCCCCAUUAUAAUUAAAGCACAUAUCGACUUUGGCAAAUGAACAUUCACACAAUGCACAAUUUUUACAGUUAAACUCUGCUGUUGUUCACUGGCAGAUUGAACUCUGUGGAUCUCCUUGGUUCUGUUGUACUAACUGGUACAUAGCCACCAUGUGGAAAAAAAUCAAACAUUUGGAUGUCUGUCGUACCUUAAGACAGAAGACACGUUUAUCAGCAUCAUUUACCAAAUUUAUUUAUGAAAACAAAA